UGUUUACCCAAGCAUGUUGUCAUUCCUCUGCACAACCAACCCGGGAUGACCAUCUUCAUGAAGAUACUCUAUGGUUCCAUGCACCUUAAUUCGUAUGACUGGGCUAGAAGUAACUCAGAGGGUGGUGCUAAUGUGCUCACCACCUCGGAUGGGGCUCGUCAAGCAAAGAUAAAGACAAACACUGUUGUUGACGCUUCAGCCGAGACCAUGGUUCUGUACCCUGAAAAUGGAGUUAACCUGCACUGCUUCACGGUGCUUACCACUUGCGCUCUUCUCGACGUGAUGGGACCACCUUACAACAGUGCUGCUGGCAGGGACUGUGCAUACUACGGCGACUCUCGGUUCUCAAACAUAGCUGGUGUGGUUGGUGCACGGUACUCCUGGCUCAUGGAGAUCCCCGACAACUACCGGAUGAAGGGCGUAAUGAUGCCGUGGCACUUCAUCGUCUAG